CGCGGGUCACGUGUCGUGUCAGGAAGGUGAUAUGAGGGGUGGAGGGCACUUUUUACAGCUUUGACAUACUACCUCCGGGGUUAGGGCGAUUAAUGACUUCUCUGGUGUGAGUGUCCGCGAUGAAUUCCUACCUCGACUACCCGCUCUGUAACCGCGGGCCGAACCUUUUCAAAGCCGGCUACCACAACCUCAACCACGGAUACGUGACGCCCAACGCGGAUAGUUACGGUCAGGAAGGCCACCAGAACCUUCCCUUGCACCACCACCACCACCACCAGACACACGUCAACCUGGACCUGCAGUAUGCGCCACCCCCGCCGGGUAACUCGGUGUACGGGUCCCCCGUGGAGUACGGACACCACCAGUACGGCCUGCCCCCCGAGCAGGAACGGGGCUACACGCACGCACAGGUCUCGCCUCUCGGAACCAACAUGCCGCCUUACACCGGGGACAGCUGCAGCAACGCCGGCGCACAGUACGUCCACUACGGCGGUGCGGAGCAAAGACCACCGGAGUACCCUCCAGAAAAUGUUUACACGGCCCAGCACAAGGACGCGGAUCAGGCUGAGGAAACAUCUAAAACUUUCGACUGGAUGAAAGUGAAGAGAAAUCCUCCCAAAACAGCAGCGGUUGUGUGCGAGUUCGGUGUCCCGGGCCAGCACAACGUGAUCCGGACCAACUUCACCACCAAGCAGCUGACCGAGCUGGAGAAGGAGUUCCACUUCAACAAGUAUUUGACUCGGGCCCGGCGGGUGGAGGUGGCCGCUAGCCUGGAGCUCAACGAAACCCAGGUGAAGAUCUGGUUCCAGAACCGGCGCAUGAAGCAGAAGAAGCGCGACAAGCUGGGCUGCGUCGCUGGCGGCGGCGGGCCUGCGGAGAAGCUCUCGGGGCCUGAGACCCCCACGGCACCGCCGCCGCCCCCCAAGGCCAGGCCGACAGAGUGAACUUAAAAUACUCAUGGAGGAGGCGACGUAACACAAUGGGAGAAAAAAAAAAUCAAAUGCACGUGGACUUUCAGGGUAUAUGGCCAACUGCUAAAUGUUUUUUUUUUUUGUUUCCUGCUUUUUUAAAACAAAAUGUAUGUUUGUGUCCAAGCACUGAGCCGCUCAGUGUCACUGAUUGCACUAUUUAUUUGACAGGGUAUUUUACAACAAUUGUCCAGAGGUUUUAGAUGAAUAAAGUUUAUGAAUUUAAAAUGAAA